AAAAAAUGGUGAGCGAAGAAAGGAGGUGAAGGAGAGAAGAAGAAAGAAAGAAAGAAAGAAGGAACAGCGACCUCUUCUCUUUUUGCUUUCUCUCUCUCUCUCUUAGUCUCGCUCUUAUCAGUCUCAGGCCCUAAGCCACCAUUCUUUUUUCUUACUUUUAUAUUUUAUUGUUAAAACUUCACCUCUCUUUCUACAAGCCUUGAUUGCAAACACACACUCAGCAAGUGCUGCAAAGAGCAGCAGCUGCUAGCAAAGGAAAGAAAAGGAGAGAAAGAGAAAGAAAGAGACGAAAGACAGAGAGACAGCACAUAGCUAUAGAGAGAUAAAGAAAGGAAUUCGCAGAAGCUUUCAAUACUACAUAAGAGAAAACGAUGGCAGGGAGCUUUGCAUCCUUUCACACUCUGCAACUCCAAGAGAAUUGAGCAACAGAAAGGGAAAGCGAAGACAAGUGAGUGACUAGAAAAUGAAUUUAUAUAUACAAGAGAUGAUGAUCGUCAUAGAUACCAAGACACUGAUAUGGGGAUAGCAAAACCACCGCUCCCUCCAAUUCUCUCUCACUCCAAGAUUCACCAGUCGGUUGCUCCAUUAAUUCCACCCAAGUCUAAUACAGCAAAUUAUUCUAUGUCCCAAGACUACCAACAAGCAGGCAUCUUCUCUUUCUCGAAUGGCUUCGAGAGAUCCCAAGUAACUCACCAAGAACAUCACCAGCUGCAACAGCACCACUUAGACCAGCAGAUCCGCAGAGACAAACUUAGAGUUCAAGCAGGUUAUGGCCCCACUCCAGGGCCAUUAGUGGGCAUCGAAGAGGAAGAAUCCGGUGGCCUUCCGGUCUAUGAAACUGCCGGCAUGUUAUCAGAAAUGUUCAAUUUUCCUCCUGGUGUGCCAGCCGCCGCCGCUGAAUUGUUGGACCAGCCGUUGCAGUCUAAUUACCGGACCGCGCAUCCUCGGCAACAGCAGCCAAUAACUACCAACGAGUGGUACAGCAACAACAAGCAAGGGAUAGUAGGAGGUUUGGGUCCUUCAGAGGAUUCAAAGAAUCAUAAUACCCGCGACAGUUUAGCUCACCAUCAUCAGAUUUCAGGCAUUAAUGCAGAUUCGGCUGCAGCCAUGCAGCUUUUUCUCAUGAAUCCACAGCCAAGAUCACCAUCUCCUGCUCCUUCGUCCAAUCCUCAUCAUCCUCCGACUUCUUCUACACUUCACAUGUUGUUACCAAAUCCGUCUGCUUCUCUUCAAGGGUUUAGUGUGUCUGGUCCUGGAGGAGUUUUCGGCGCUAGUAGUGAGAUAUCUCCCCAACAAUUCACAUGGGUUCCUGAUAGUGCUCAUGCAGGAGCCAACAAUGGUGCUCAGCUCAAUAACCCAAGUGAGAUUGGCAGUGUUGUGGAAGGACAAGGACUUUCUUUGUCAUUAUCUUCAUCGUUGCAGCACUUGGAGGCAGCCAAAGCGGAAGAAUUGAGGAUGCGAGAGGGUGGAUUAUUGUAUUACAACCAAGGAGGGGGCUCCUCUUCUGGUGCGACUCAAUAUUACAAGAAUUUGGGUGGACAACACCAGGCAUUGCAUUUGCAAGCAGGAAUGGAGCAAAACCACCAAAUUCAUGUGGGGUUCGGAUCUUCCUUAGGAAUGGUUAACGUUUUGAGAAAUUCCAAGUAUGUGAAACCAGCCCAAGAAUUGUUAGAAGAAUUUUGUAGUGUUGGGAGGGGUCAAUUCAAGAAGAACAAAUUUAGUAGGCAAAACACAAACCCUAGUUCUAAUAAUCCUGGUGGCAAUAGCGGUGGCGGAAACGGCAGCGGCGGCGGUGGUUCUUCGUCUUCAACGAAGGAUCUCCCUCCUUUGUCUGCUGCUGAUAGGAUUGAGCACCAGAGGAGGAAGGUCAAACUUUUAUUUAUGCUUGACGAGGUGGAUCGAAGAUACAACCAUUACUGUGAACAAAUGCAAAUGGUAGUGAAUUCAUUUGAUCUAGUAAUGGGGUUUGGAGCAGCAGUUCCUUACACAGCCCUUGCCCAGAAGGCCAUGUCGAGGCAUUUUCGGUGUCUAAAGGAUGCAAUUGCUGCACAAUUGAAACAUAGUUGUGAACUACUUGGGGAGAAAGAUGGAGCUGGAAGCUCAGGUAUAACAAAAGGAGAGACUCCAAGGCUAAGAUUGUUAGAGCAAAGCUUAAGACAACAAAGAGCCUUUCAUCAAAUGGGUAUGAUGGAACAAGAAGCUUGGAGACCACAGAGAGGCCUACCUGAACGAUCUGUCAACAUUUUGAGAGCCUGGCUUUUUGAGCAUUUUCUCCACCCGUAUCCAAGCGAUGCAGAUAAGCAUCUGUUGGCUCGACAGACUGGUUUAUCGAGAAAUCAGGUAUCGAAUUGGUUUAUUAAUGCCAGGGUUCGGUUGUGGAAACCCAUGGUGGAAGAGAUGUAUCAACAAGAGGCAAAAGAAGAGGAAGGAACGGUAGAAGAUAGAGAAAGAAAGCAAAGCAACAACAAUAGUGGGGUUGCACAAACACCAACGCCAAGUUCCACGCCAACGGCAUCCUCAUCAGCACCUCCAACAACCACAGCAACACCAACAGCAGCAGCAGGAGGCAAAAGAUCCGAAAAUGCCAAUGAAAACGACCCUUCACUUCUUGCAAUCAAUAGACAAUGCUUCUCGGAAAACCAAGCAAAACACUCCCCUUCAACCAUCGCGACCACCUUUAUUACUCCCACAAUAGAGGUGGCGCCACCACCACCCCAUCCCCAACCUUUCCAUGACUUGGCCGAUGAAACGCGUCGCCUUGGCAGCUUGGUUCCAGCUGACUAUGGGACCACCUCUGCUUAUCAUACCAAUGCUGGAGCUGACAUUGGAUCUACUCUUAUAAGAUUUGGGACCACUGCCGCUGGUGAUGUGUCACUCACUCUAGGGCUACGCCAUGCCGGGAACAUGCCAGAGAAAGGUUCUGCUUUCUCAGUUAGGGACUUUGGGAACUGUUAAUUAUUUUAAACCCUCUUUUUUAUAUAUAGUACCUUUAAGAAAAAUAUUUAUUUUUAUUUUCUGUCUUUUAUUUUUUUUUUUUCCAUUUUCAUUCUAUAUGUUAAGAAGAAAAUACAUAAUGAGAAAAAAAUUAGCAUAUAUUUUGAGUUAGUUAGCUGUAUGGAGUCUAUUGUAAUUGUAUAGAAGGCAUUGUUUUGCUCUGUGUAUUUAUAAGGUUUUGUACCUUAAUAUUGGCUAGAAAAUAACAUGAAAUCUUGUAUUUUUCAGAGAUUAGAGAGGUCGAGGGGCAUGCAUGAACAGAUUUUUAUUUUUAUUUUUA